UUAAGGGUAUUCCAAAUUCCCUUAGCAGUGAAACGCAAAUAUGCAAUGUAGUGAAAAUUGUUUCCGCUCCACUCUCCACUAUCCGUGUCAUGGUGGAGCUUCCAAAAUCCCUCUCUUCCCACAGUCUUCUCAAGCUGCUCAAAGCCCAGAAGUCCCUUCUCUCUGCCCUUCGCCUCUUCGACGACACCACGCGCCGCCCCGGCUUUGUCCCCUCUUCUGCCGUCUUUCACCACAUCCUCCGCCGCCUGACCGCCGACCCCGCCCUCUUCCUCGCCAACGCACCACGUAUUGUCUCCUCCAUUCGCUGCCCCUGCCACGAGGAGGUGCCCCUCACCCUCCUCAAAGCCUACGCCAAAUCCCGCAUGCCAGACGAAGCCCUGCACGUGUUCCAAACCAUGCCGCAUGUGUUCGGGUGCACCCCCACCGUACGAUCCUUCAAUUCCCUUCUCAACGCCUUCGUUGAAUCGAACCAAUGGGCACGGGCUGAGGGCUUCUUCAAGUACUUUGAAUCCGCUCGCGUGUCGCCGAAUGUCGAAACCUACAACGUUCUCAUGAAGGUGCUGUGUAAAAAGCGUGAGUUUGAGAAGGGUAGGGAGUUGCUGACGUGGAUGUCGGGUGCCGGGUUGAGCCCUGAUAAGGUCACUUACGGUACUUUGAUUGGUGCAACGGCGAAGAGUGGGGAUUUGGGAUUUGCGCUUGAAGUGUUCGAUGAAAUGCGUGAGCGCGGGGUGGAACCUGAUGUGGUGUGUUAUAACAUGAUCAUUGAUGGGUUUUUCAAAAGUGGGGAUUUUGUGAAGGCGAGUGAAAUGUGGGAGAGGUUGUUGAGGGAAGAGUCGGUGUUUCCCAGUGUGGUGAGUUAUAACGUGAUGAUUAGUGGCUUGUGUAAGUGUGGGAGGUUUGGUGAGGGUUUGGAGAUAUGGGAGCGAAUGAAGAGUAAUCACAGGAGGCAUGAUUUGUUUACGUAUAGUACUUUGAUACAUGGGUUGAGUGAAGGGGGGGAUUUGGAUGGAGCUAGGAGGGUUUACGAGGAGAUGGUUGGACGAGGUGUUAGGCCUGAUGUUGUUACGUGUAAUGCAAUGCUUAAUGGGUUGUGUAAGGCGGGGAAGGUUAAGGAAUGUUUUGAGUUGUGGGAUGAUAUGGAGAACUGGGGUUUGCGGAACGUGAGAAGUUAUAACAUAUUUCUGAAGGGAUUGUUUGAGAAUGGGAAGGUGGAAGAGGCCGUGUCGAUGUGGGGUGGUUUGUCGAAGGCGGAUUGUGCUACGUAUGGUGUGGUGAUUCAUGGUUUGUGUAGGAAUGGGCAUGUGAAUUGGGCUUUGCGGGUGUUGGAAGAGGCUGAACAGAAGGGAGGUGGUGUGGAUGUGGAUGCUUUUACUUACUCGUCAAUGAUAAACGCUUUGUGCAAAGAAGGGAGGUUAGAUGAGGUGAGUGGAGUCGUAGAACUUAUGAAUAAGCGUGGCUGUAAAUUGAACCUUCAUGUUUGUAAUGUGCUGAUUGAUGGGUUUGUUAAACAUUCCAGACUUGACAGUGCUGUUAAAGCUUUUGGGGAAAUGAGCAGCAAAGGUUGCUCACCAAAUGUUGUGUCCUAUAAUAUUCUUAUAAAUGGAUUACUGAGAGCUGGAAGAUUUCCUGAGGCUUCUGAUUAUGUUAAUGAAAUGUUGCAAAAAGGGUGGAAACCAGAUAUUAUCACAUAUAGUAUGUUGAUAGAUGGUCUUUAUGAGAAUAAGAUGGGGGAGGCAGCCGUUAGGUUGUGGCAUCAGUUUCUUAACACAGGGCAUAUGCCUGAUAUUACUAUGUACAACAUUGUCAUUCAUAGACUUUGUUGUUCUGGCAAAGUGGAAGAUGCUCUGCAGCUUUAUUCAACGAUGAGGCAGAGGAAGUGUAUUAGCCUUGUGACUUAUAAUACCAUUAUGGAGGGUUUUUACAAAGUUGGAAACUGCAAAAUGGCAUCAAUGAUUUGGGAUCACAUCUCAGCAGAUGGGCUACAGCCCGACAUCAUCUCGUAUAAUAUUACUCUUAAGGGGCUCUGUUCUUGUGGUAGAGUAACAGAUGCAAUUGAGGUUCUAAAUGAUGCUUUGGCGCAUGGUGUUCUGCCAACGGCCAUUACCUGGAACAUAUUAGUUAGAGCAUUGAUAUUUUUCUGAUGUGCACUAAUUUUUUAAUAUAAUUUUUUCAGCAUUUUUCCCA